AUGACGUCUGUGCAGAAUUGGGAGAAGGUUGCCGAGGCGAAGCGCGCGAAGCUCGCGGAAUCCAUUCCUCAAGAGCAUCGCGUGCCACAACAACAUCUGCCACCGGAUUCGCAACUGGACGUGACAACAUGGCCGAAGGAAUCUGGAUGGUUCUCGUCUGAGGAAUUAGAAAUUACAGGCAGCACCGCGACCGAGCUGCUGCAGAAGAUUGCAUCAAAGACAUGGAGCUCAGAGAAGGUUACCAGGGCUUUCUGCAAGCGUGCAGCAGCUGCACAGCAAUUGCUGAUUCGGAUGAAGUUGAAUUGCCUGACUGAUGCCUUCUUCGACGAGGCUAUUGAAAGCGCGAAAGCCCUUGACGAGCACCUCAAUCGAACAGGCCAGCUGAAGGGACCAUUCCACGGUCUCCCGAUCUCGCUCAAGGACAAUUUCAACAUCAAAGGAAAGGACAGUUCUGUGGGCUUCAGUUCUUUGGUCAACGACCCCGCCGAAUACAAUGCGACAUUAGUGGAUGUCUUGGAGAACCUGGGUGCUGUUCGAUACUGCAAGACAAAUGUACCGACAGCCAUGAUGAUUCCAGAGUCGGUCAACAAUGUCUUCGGCAGGACUAUAUCUCCUCUCAAUCGCAAGGUCACUUCAGGUGGCUCGUCUGGCGGAGAAUCAGCCCUUAUUGCUUUCGGCGGAAGCCCCAUAGGCAUAGGUCUGGCCGGCCAAGAGGCGGUCGCAAGUGUGAACGGGCCUAUGGCAAGAACACUGGAAGAUAUCAUCACGUACUCGAAGGCUGUCAUAAAUUCACAACAGUGGCUGUUGGACCCCAAGGUACUGCCUAUACCAUGGAGACAGGUAGAGCAACAGAAGAAGCUCAAGAUUGCAGUGCUUUGGAAUGACGGCAUAUGCAUGCCCACUCCCCCAGUCACACGGGCACUGAAGGAGACAGUAGAAAGCUUGAAGAAAUCCGGACAUGAAGUCGUGGAGUGGGACCCCAAAUUACACGCAAAGGCCUUGGACCAACUCGGCCGUAUGUUCGUCGCAGAUGGCGGCAAGACUGUCAAGAACCUGCUUGCUCCGACAGGCGAACCUAUACGACCAGAGAUGCAGCAGUAUCAAGAUGCUCAAGACCUUGGCGUGUUUGAGAUGUGGCAGCUGCAUCUAGAGCGCACCGAGCUCCAACGCCAGUACCUCGAGCAGUGGAUGUCUUACGAAAAUCUUGAUGCCAUUCUUGGUCACCAUUUCAAGUAUGUCGGUUACACCGGUGUCUUCAACGUAGUUGACUACUCUGCCGUUUCCUUCCCGACUGGAAUCACUGUGGACAAGACAAAGGACACCUCUUUUGCAGACGCCAAGGUUCAGAGCGAAUACUGCCAGGCUGCUCGCGACAGUUGUGAGUGCUCGAUCGCAACUUGGUGUAUCGUCACACCCGCUAAUAUAAGCUAG